CUUAACAAAUAAUAAAAUCUACUAUAAAUUUAAGUUGAGAAAAUUCUCUCAAAGCAAUUAAUAAAUGAACAAGAAAGGAUUAAGCAAAAAAACAAAAUCCAUAAUAGAAAGAAAAGAAUAUAUAAAAAAUAGAAAAGUAAAAGGUGACCAAUAGUAUGUGUCGUUAAAGUAUAAAAACCGAUCAAAUAGGACAAAGGAGUUACUAUAAAAUUAAGGCAGAAGCAAACCAGUCUUUCUUUGAGUUUCAACUACCUUCCAACGUCCUCUUUUUCUCUCUUCAAAAAAAAAAAAAAAAAGAACUUUCACUCUUCAAGAACACCAAAAAGAAUAGAAGAAAACAAGCUAUUGUCUAGGACUAAAACUGUAAAAUCUCACACUGUAAACAUAUAUUGGGUUGUAAUCGAUCGUUAUACAUAUAUAUACAAACACAUGCCAGAGAGGAAUCGUCUCCGGCGAAGAAUCACGGCUUCCGGCAGCCGGAAAGUAAGGCCUCCACAUCCAUCGCCUUCUCCAAGCAGAAGGAACCCCCCACCGUCUAAGCAAUCUGUUAAGCGUUCUAAACCCGUUAAGACUCUGAAGAGAUGCUCAUCGGAGCCGAUGUUAUGGCGGAGCAGUGGUGGCAGUGUUGGUGGAGUUAGUGAAGUCGAGGAUCAGCAAAAUAGGAGUUUUUUAUGGUGUCAGAGUGAGGGUAGUGGUUUUUUACCUAGGCCGCAGACCUGCAUGGAUGUUUUUGCUUCUUCUAAUUCUUUGAUGCCUUUUUCUCCUCACAACUUAGAGAGCUAUAAGAAAGAUGCAAAGGUGGUGGUUACUGUAACAGUUGAAGGGAGUCCUGGACCAGUUAGGACUAUGGUUAAAUUGGGAUCUAGUGUGGAGGAUACAAUUAAGCUCGUUGUAGGCAAGUACUGUGAAGAAGGCAGGACUCCUAAGCUCCAUAAGGAUGUUACUUCCUCAUAUGAGUUGCAUCAUUCCUAUUUCAGCCUUCAAAGUUUAGAUAAAUCGGAGCUGAUCGGUGAUAUUGGUAGCAGAAGCUUCUAUCUCAGAAGAAGCUGCAGCAACCGUAGUAGUAAUGGAGCAGCAUCUCCUUCAGUUUCAGAAAAUGCUGUGGCUGGAGAAAACCCUUCGCGACCAGUUCCACCCCCUGCAUUCUUACUUUCAUCUUUUAUAGCUAAAAAGCUUGGCAAAGUCAUGAGAAGAUCACAUAGGCUUUGGAAGGUCUUGGUUUGCUGGAAAUGAUCAAGAUCCCAAUGGUGCCAGACAGAGAGUGCAGCAACAUAUUAUUUGCGGAAACUCUCAAGCGAAAAUCCGUUAACUCUUUAUUUUAUUACCCUUAUUCCAUACAGUUUUUCUCAAAAUGCCUGAUUAUACACGCUACUUGGAAAUGUAAAAUGUAAAUAUAAAGUUAUGGUUGUCAUGUGCAUUCUAAAUUAUUGACUGUAUAAAUACUCAAGUUGCAAGGCUAUUGAUUCAAAUGAAAACGUGACUGUUAAAAACUUUUUCA